AUGCUACACGAACUGUUACUCUUUCUUGCUGGUUAUGACUCUAGCCUGUUCCUUGUCGACAACGAAAUUAUAACUUUACAUCCCUCUCUUCAAACUCUACAUCCAGGGGAACGUCAUUUAUUACAAGAAAUUGGUUAUCUGGCUGUUGAGCGUCGAAAAACUGCCAGACUUUUUGACACUUCAAUCUCACCCCUAGAUAAUCGAAAUAAUGUAUUUCAUCGUUCGCUCUACAUGUUUGUUGAGGAUAUUAUUCGAAAAUUUGACGAAAACCUUGUCGAUUUGGAACAGAAAAUUUUAACUCGAGAUUCUUCAUUUGUUGGCUCUGAAAAGUUUGUUUCUCUGACUCAAGUUGAAGCCCAUCUAAAUCCAUGGAAGUAUACCUUUCCGGAUUUGCUUAUGAUCACUACAACCGCGCUUCAAUAUCGGACGGCAUAUUCUAUCUUUCAUUCCCUGACACUGCUCUAUAUACGGUCAUCUCGUUUGGAUUUUAAGCAACUUAUUUUAGAGGUUGAAAUUCGCUUACAAAAAGUAUGGCUUAAUCACUUUCUUGAAUAUUUGGUUACUGAUUUUCGAGAUGAUUACGGAUACCUUUCUGUUUCGCCAGAUGUUUACGAGGGCAGUGGACAUGUCCUGGUUCCUUUUAUGGAUUUAGCAUCAGCGAAGGAUGCCCUUUUUACCAGAAUUUGUAUGUUGAAGGCAAAGUCUAUGCUUAUUGAUGUUUAUGCGAAGCUUAUCAAAGAGUUUUAUGGCGAAACUAAGUCUCUUGAGUUUCCGAUUUCACAAUCUUCGGUAAAGCAGACAGUGGGAAGAUUGUAUGCUCUUGCCUCUAGAGAUAUCGUUUUCAAGAUGGCGUCUGCUCGUCGACUUGUGGAUUUGACAAUGAUGCUCGAAAUGGUGAUGUUACAUGAAGAUACAAACGUUUUAACGACUAUUUUAAAAAGACUUAUCGAGUUUGACGUUAAUCCUUCACAGCAAAUCAUUGAAAAUCCGGAAAAGUACUUUUCGAUGGUUUUGAGGAACACAGUUUCAGACUUGGAUUUGGAUUCCAUGUAUGGAGACUGCAUUUCUUCUCUUCAUUUGGCAAAGUCUUUGGAACCAUUAAGCCCAAAUAUAAGCUUUAAGGGAAUUCCAAUUUAUCUCGCUAUUUCCUUACAAUGGCCUUAUAACAUGUUUAUUGAUAGUACUAUUCAAAGAGAUUAUUCUAGGUUAUGGAGUUUUUUGGGUGCAUUGCAGGUUAAUAUUAUCGAUAUCAAAUCCUUUAGUUACGAAAGGAAAUCAUCUGUCUAUGGUAACGGCAGGUAUCCUUGGAAAAGUUUAUGGCUUACAUUAUGGUUUCUAUCAUGUCUUCAGUAUUAUUUUUACGAUGGUAUUAUACGACCCUCAUAUAAGGUCCUUCGCGAAAAACUUAUUGAACUAGGGGAAAGUGGAAAUUUUGAAAUGCAAGUCUACGCAAGUCUUCAUCUCGAUGCUUUUAAUUAUAUUUCAAAAAUGAUAUUUAUUAGGGACAAACAAUUCUUAACUAUAUUGACUUCCAUUUAUAAUGAGGUUUCUAAUGUUCAUUAUGAAGAAGUUUCUGACGAAAAUUGUUCAUUAGUCGUUCUGCUUGGUCAGUGUAUUCAACAUAUCAGGGGAAAAGAAAACGAUCCAUCACUUGAUAGUAGUCCAAUUAGUGCGCUCUUGCUACAACUAGGUGUUUAG